GUUAGUUUCUAUGCUUUCAAAUGCUCCCUGUACUGUACUACCCUGGUUCAACUUAAUAUUGUAAUAGUUAUCCCUCGAACAAAACAAAACAAAACAAAAAAAAAAGCAUUUACGAGCGUCUUUCUUUUUUCUUUCUUGUUUUUCUUUUCCUCUCUCUUUGCUCACACAUUCCAAAAUCCAAAGGUACUGCACAAGACUAGCAGGAAGAAUUCAGAUACUGAGCAGCAUUUUCUGAAAAUGAGUGAAGCUAUUCAAGGGAACAGCUCCUAUACCGCAGUAACUCUUCCUGUGAAGCGAGGGCGGGGUCGCCCGCGCAAGGAUCACAACCUAAAGCGUGUAAAAACUGUUCAAUUUCCACCAGGGUUUGAACAAGUAAAAGCGAUCCUACCCCGGCAAGUAGAUACAGUUAAUGUUGCAAAUGAUGGGAUGAUAGGUCGGCCCAUUACAGGUGUCGUUGAAGCUGCAUUUGAUGCUGGUUAUUUGCUCAGUGUUCGGAUUGGCGACUCCAAUACAAAUUUCAGGGGUGUUGUCUUUAGGCCAGGGCAUUUUGAUCCGGUCACAGCAGAAAAUGACGUAGCACCACAUGUUCAGAUGAUUAACAGGAAUGAAAUUCAUCUACCCAUUAGAAACCAAGUUCAGGUACAUGGCCAUGGUCGGUCUUUAAAGAGCGCCCAGCUGACUGUAUUACCUCCAACAACAGCUCCUUCUGCCACUUCAGUGGGAGCCCGCGGCGCAGUUGUUCCUGUUGUCCUUCAACCAGUCAAUCCGACCAUUGGAUUGCCACCUACUAUGCAAGCUCCUCCAACUUCAUCCCAAGCUGCUUAUAUGGGAGCUCUGAAGGAGAGAGGUGUGCAGAAUGUUGCGCCUUUGGCUACGCUUCCACCUGAUGGAUCACAAACCACUAGUAAGGUAACUCAAGUCAGCGUCCAAGAAGUGAUGGUAACUAGGCAUAAUGGGGAUGGUUCCUUUGGUGAGGGAGCAACAUUGAUGCAACAGAAAGAGGUUAAGCCAAUUGUAUCAAACAACAUAGGUAAACCUGUUGAAGUGACCAAGGGGAUUCAAGGUUCUUCUUUAUCACCAGAUAUGAACACUAAAGAUUAUGAGGCCUCUCAUAAGCUGUCAGCAGCAGGAAACUUGAGUGUUGUCCCUGAACGAGACAUUGGUGACAUGAAUGAGCUUCCCUUGAUGGAACCAAGUGACGUGGUAAAUUCCCCUCUUCCUACCCACUCCACAUCUGUUCCAAAACCAUUGAUGAGUUAUGGGAUUGGCAGGAUGACAGAGCUUUUACAGGCCGUGCAGGAAAAUAUGAUGGAGAACCAGGAGCUUCGUGCUGGGGGAUCAGCCAUUGGCCUUGGCAAAGAGUUUGUUAGAACGACAAGUCCAAGAACUGAUGGUAACAAAGAGAAAUCAGGUGUUCAGCAAGGGAGACGACCCUGAAUCUGAUCUUUGAUGUCACAGAUCCCCUAGCCAGAUCGACCUUUAUAGCACAUAGAGAUGUGAUGUAGUUCAACUGCUUCUAAAGUUGUACCUCAUCUCCGUGGAAUGACACAUUUGGGGCGUAAAAAAGGCCAAAAAUUGGUAAGUGUUGGCAGUUGAGAAAGCGGCUUGGCUAGCAUGUUUAAGUCCUGCUGUAGUUAUUUUGUUAAUUUGUUUAGACAAAAAAAAUUAGAUUUUCUUUAGGUGGUAUGAUGAACAGAUUGUCUAAAAUGCUAACUUCUUUCGUGUUUGAGGACAGGCACUCCCAGCCCACAUUUUAUUUGACAAAAAAAAAAAGUGUAGGAUCGGAGAGGAAGAUGACCUUUCAAUUUUA